AUGUAUCAUCCUGGCGUUGGCAGCUCAGACAGCGUAGUCGACAAGUUCACAGGUGGACUAUUUGGGGUUGGACUUGACCAGGCCAUUCGCGAGGUCUACAAUUUUAUAUGUACCAAUUACGUCGAUGGAGACGACAUCAUCCUUAUAGGCUUCUCCCGCGGCGCCUUCACGGCGCGCUCUGUCGCCGAUAUGAUUGCGACGGUCGGCUUGCUAACUCCUUCGGGCUUGGAUCAUUUCUACGCCAUCUUUGAAGAUUAUGAGAACAUGGGCGAAUCUGAUCGUGAUCCGAGUUUAUUCUUGGACCCAAAAGUACCUCCCUAUAACGGUGAGAAAGGAGCAGCCCGGGCUAACUGGGAGAUGGAUCGGAAAUCACAGUAUGAGAGAUGGCUUUCCAAGAAUGGCCUCACAAGGCGCACGUACGAAGAUGCAAAUGGCGUGCACGAGAUCAACAUCAAGGCGGUUGGCUUCAGCAACACUCAGGUAUCCGACCGCGUAGAAAACGCCUUCCAUGCUCUGUCUCUAGACGAACCCCGGUUUGCAUUCCGCCCUGCACUCUGGGAAAAGCUUGAGGGCAAUAAGACCAAUCUCCGACAGCUCCUGGUCAUCAUGGCUCCGGCCGAGGCAACAACUGCCGUGGGCGAAUCCCAAGAUAUGUCCGGCCAAAUCCGAUAUCCGACGAGCCGCCUCCAGACCUGGUCAGGAACCACAAUCCGUCACCCUGGGACCUUUAUGCGUACGGACCCGGAAACGAACCAAGACACGGACCAGCCUUUGCUCAACACCAACGAGAGAAUCCACAGUAGCGUGCGGGUCAGACUGGCUUGCCAAGGCCUUGCUAUGGACGAUGAUGGGGUCUGGGACUGCAAAGCUCUGGCCACAGCUGAUGACGGGAGUGGACUGUGGAAGCUGGAACGCGGCUCCGGGCUUAACGCCUCUGAAGCAGAUAGCGUCAAAGACGGCAAGACCAGGAAGUUGGAUCUUGACGCAGAGGGAGAUGUCUUGAAGCCUUAUCCGGUCCAGAAGGAAGACAGCCAAUGGAAAUGGGUAUUGGCUAGCAAACAUCCCAACGCCUUCCCGCUGGCUGGUGUGCUUCCCGAGGAGCCUUUGACGGGGUACUGGGAACGGAAGUUGCUUGCUUUGACUGCGGGAAAUCCCGACGUGUGGAGAUGGGCGGAGGAGAACCCCCCCUUUGGCUUGAUCUAG